GGGGCAGCAGCUGGGAGAGAGGCAGGCGGGCGGGCAGGCAGGCUAGCAGGCUAGCAGGCGGGCGCACGGACGACGGACGGGCAGGCUAGCAGCUCCGGGCUGCGAGCUGGGUGUAGCUUCCACCUCCCCUCCUUCCCCAGCCCAAUCCUCCUGCAUCCCUCCAGCCCUCGGACGCCUGGGUCCCUGGCAGCGCCCCGGAAGCAGGAGCUGGGCACCGGCCCCUUCCCGGCGGGCGAGACUGAAUCAUGGAGCUUCGCGUGGGGAAUAAGUACAGGCUGGGCCGAAAAAUCGGCAGCGGCUCCUUCGGGGACAUCUACUUGGGUGCCAACAUCGCUUCUGGGGAGGAGGUGGCCAUUAAGUUGGAAUGUGUGAAGACGAAGCACCCCCAGCUGCACAUCGAGAGCAAGUUCUACAAGAUGAUGCAAGGAGGAGUGGGGAUCCCCUCCAUCAAGUGGUGCGGAGCAGAGGGGGACUACAAUGUCAUGGUGAUGGAGCUGCUGGGCCCCAGCCUGGAAGAUCUGUUCAAUUUCUGCUCCCGCAAGUUUAGCCUCAAGACCGUCCUUCUCUUGGCCGACCAGAUGAUCAGCCGCAUUGAGUAUAUCCAUUCUAAGAACUUCAUCCACCGAGACGUGAAACCAGACAACUUCCUCAUGGGCCUGGGCAAGAAAGGAAACCUGGUAUAUAUCAUCGACUUUGGCCUGGCCAAGAAAUACCGGGACGCCCGCACCCACCAGCAUAUCCCCUACCGGGAAAACAAAAACCUGACUGGGACAGCCCGCUACGCUUCCAUCAACACCCACUUGGGCAUCGAGCAAAGCCGCCGCGAUGACCUGGAGAGUUUGGGUUACGUGCUCAUGUAUUUCAACCUGGGCUCCCUGCCCUGGCAGGGCCUCAAGGCAGCCACCAAGAGGCAGAAGUAUGAACGCAUUAGUGAGAAGAAGAUGUCCACACCCAUCGAGGUUCUUUGCAAAGGAUACCCCUCUGAAUUCUCCACAUACCUCAACUUCUGCCGCUCUCUCCGGUUCGACGACAAGCCCGACUACUCCUACCUACGUCAGCUCUUCCGUAACCUCUUCCAUCGCCAGGGCUUCUCCUAUGACUAUGUUUUUGACUGGAACAUGCUCAAAUUCAUGCGGCCCCCUUCCAGCCAUCCCCCUGCCCUUCCCUGCGCUGCGCCCCGGGACCAAUUAGCAGGGUGCAGCCCGGAACCCAGAGGAUAUGGACCGAGAGCGGCGGGAGCACGAGAGAGAGGAGAGAAUGGGCCAGCUGCGAGGAUCUGCUACGCGGGCCCUCCCCCCGGGACCCCCUGCUGGUGCCACUGCCAACCGCCUCCGCAACGUGGCCGAACCCGUGGCUACCAACCCAGCCUCCCGCAUCCAGCAAGCUGGCAAUACUUCUCCCAGAGCGAUCUCACGGGUAGACAGGGAGAGGAAGGUGAGCAUGAGGUUACACCGCGGGGCCCCGGCCAACGUCUCCUCUUCCGACCUCACCGGACGCCAAGAGGUGUCUCGGAUUUCUGCAUCACAGACAAGCGUGCCAUUUGAUCACCUCGGGAAGUGAGGGGAAGACGCCACCGGACCAGUGUUUGCUUAGUGUCUUCACUCUAUUUUUCUUUUAAAAAAAUUUAAAAACACUUAAAAAAAGAACAAAAAGAAAAUGGAAAAAAAAUCCCACAAAGCAGACAAUAGAUUUUUGUUGCUGUCUGGGAUUUUUCUUUCUUUCUUUCCUUUCUUCUUCCUUUUUUUUCUUUUUUGCCAAUGGAGAAGAGACACGAAGCUCCCACUGCACCGAUCUCUGGCCCUGGUGUCUGCCUUCUUCCCCAGUCUGCCUUCUGCCCUCUAGACCCCACUGAGGGGCCCUUUUGGGAACGCCACCACUCACCCCUCCUGGAGCCUUGCCAAGCCCCUCUUUAUGCCUGCCCCAUCCCCCUGCACAGUGGUGGUGGUGGUGGGGCUCUCUCCUCCUCCUGUGAGCCCAGGCUUGGGAGUCUCCAGGGGUCAGAACCCCUCUGCCUUCCCACCACACACUCCUGUUCUCUGUGUCAAUGUUGAUCCCAACCUCCUCCGUGUUCAAGGAGCCAACCUCUGGAUGAAGAGGAAAAGGAAGGCGUGGAUGGACAGAAGCUGUCUGGAUUUCAUGUUGUUCUGUGAAAGUAAACUCAUGACACCCUUGAGGCCCUGACUCUGUCCAUGGGGGCUUGGGUUUCUUGGUUCGACAGGCCUCAAAGCCACAGAAGAUGCCAGCUUUCAAGGGUCACUCGUGAGGCCACCGGGCUCAAGUCACUGGAUGCUUCCAUGGCAUCCCCUUGCCAUUCUCUCCUUAGCACUGAUGCAGGGGUUGGCCCGGGCUGAGUUGGAGGCCUGGGCCCCCCCUCUUUCCCUCCCUGCCCCCUGGAGCCUGGCAGGGAAGGGAAGGCGGCUGUGAUCCUGGAGCCUCAAGAGGAUUUCCCAGAAGCUGGGGUAGGGGGGUGGGGGUGGGGGGCAGUGAUGGAUGGUGUGGCUGUGGGUAUGUCCGAGAGCGUGCCUGUCUGUGUGUGUCUAUUGGGUUUGUGUAUUCUCCAGGAUGAGCGUUAAGGGCCUGGGAGGGUCCCUGCAGGAUGCUGUGGGACAGCAGGCCCCUUCUCCCCCCAACUCCUUCACUCUUCAGUUUGGCUAUCCCAGUUUUGAUGCCCAGAAGGCCUCUCUCCUGGGCUGCCCAGGAAAGGAGGAGAUAAGCCCCAAGCCCUCCUCGGAUCCUGUCCUGCAGCGGAGGGGAACACCCCCACUCCCACCAUCCUUGUUGGAGAAAAGAAAUCCUUGGGAACGAUUACUACCAUGGACAAAUGGGAAGAAAUUGGCUCUUGGGUUUCCAGUCAUCCACUGGGGGCAUCAACCUUCCCUCUGUGACCUUCCGCUGCCCUGUUACCCCAGAGCUGGGGCCACCACAGCCCCUAUGGGAUCCAUGAGAGAAUGAGAUGCCUGUGGGGACUUUGAUUUUUAUUUUUAAUGCUUUCUAUUUAACAUAAGUUUUUUGUUCUUGUUUGGUUUUUGCUUUUGUUUUGGGCUGUUUUUCCUAAUUUAUUUACCCCUCUUUCUCUGUCUUUUUUUUCUUUUUUUUAACUAAAGAGUAAAUCUUUUUAUUACUUUGUAAUUUAAAAAAACGGAAAAAAAAUACUGAAGAACUUUGGGGGGAAUUUUGUACUUUUUUCCUGUGUAAAUAUUGGACUUUUUGGAGCUUUAUUGUGGUCGUUAAUUUGGAGUAAUAAAGUAGAAAAUAAUCAAGUGA